CAUCUAUUUUAUAAUGUUUUUUUUAACCCUUUUUUAUAAAUACCUAUUAAAAUGGCUACAUCAUCAAACAGAGAAGAAAACGUUUAUAUGGCUAAACUUGCCGAACAAGCUGAAAGAUAUGAAGAAAUGGUCGAUGCAAUGAAAAAAGUCGCCCAAUUAGAUUUAGAAUUAACUGUUGAAGAACGUAAUUUAUUAUCAGUAGCUUACAAAAAUGUUAUUGGUGCUCGUCGUGCUUCAUGGAGAAUCAUCUCAUCAAUUGAACAAAAAGAAGAAAGCAAAGGUAACGAAAGCCACGUCAAAAAAAUCAAAGAAUACAAAGAAGUUGUCGAAAAAGAAUUAUCAAAAAUCUGUGAAGAUAUUCUUGAAGUUUUAGAAAAGAACUUAAUUCCAUCAAGUACCACUGGUGAAUCAAAAGUUUUCUACUACAAAAUGAAAGGUGAUUACUACCGUUACCUCGCUGAAUUCGCCACUGGUCCACAACGUAAAUCAUCAGCUGAAAAUUCAUUAAUUGCCUACAAAGAAGCUUCAGAUAUUGCCGUUACUGAAUUACCACCAACCCACCCAAUCCGUUUAGGUCUUGCUCUUAACUUCUCUGUCUUCUAUUACGAAAUCUUAAAUUCACCAGAUAGAGCUUGCAACUUAGCUAAAACUGCUUUUGAUGAUGCUAUUGCUGAAUUAGAUACUCUUAGCGAAGACUCAUACAAAGAUUCAACCCUCAUUAUGCAAUUAUUAAGAGAUAAUCUUACUUUAUGGACUUCAGAUAUCAACACCAUGGACAAACAUGAUGAUGAAUCAAAUGAAAACCAAGAACAAGGAAUGUAAAAAUUUAAAAAUAAUUUAAAAUACAAAUAAUUUUUUUAAAAAAAAUCAAAAAAAAAAAAACAGUUUUUUUAACACAAAUGUAACAAAAUCAUAACAAUAACCAAUAUAUUUUUAAAUUGAAAUUCAUAUAAUAAUAAUUUUAAAAGACCCUAAACGAUUAGAAAAAAAAACAACAAAAAAAAAAAACAACAAAAAACAAAAACCUUAAAAAAAAAUGCCUGUAUAAAGUUUUAUAAUAAAAAAAAAUUUU